AUGCAUAUUUUUAAGCUAUACCUUUUACUCUCUCUUUUAAUCACAUGCGCCUUCAGUAAAGGCGGCGGUGGUGGCCGUGGCGGCGGCGGCGGUGGUGGUGGUGGAGCAAGAGGUGGUGGUAGUAGUGGUGGUGGCUCAAGAGGAGGAGGCAGUGGUGGCUCUGGUGGUGGUGCUGGUAGCAGGGGUCCUGGAGCAACAACCGGUGGCUCUUCGGGUGCAACUACACCACGUUCAGGAUCCGUAUCAAAUGCUGGAAGUUACCAAUUCCCAUCUGGAAGCAGAGGUUUUACUAAAGGAGGUUAUGGCGGCUAUACAAGCUAUGCACCACCUCCAGCACAAUUUGCCAAUACACGAAGUGGAUUUACCAACUAUCGACCCACUUAUACUGGAGGUUAUGGUGUAGGUGGACAACGUAGCGGCUGGGUGGGAGCAUACAAUCCUGGCAUUGUCUAUUGGGGACUGAUGCCAGCAUUCUUCUUUGGUGGUUACUGGUGGGCCUAUCAUCGUUACAACAGCCAUGAUGGAAACUACUAUGCACCCGAAUUGAAUAUUGCUGGAACCGGUACAUCCAAUGUUGUUCUCAAUGGCACAGAGUUUACCAGCGAUGAGGACAACUAUUACUACACAUUCAAUAUGACAACGGGUUAUACAUACCCCAUGGCCGAUCAUGGCUUUUUCGCUACAUCAGAUUCCAGUGCUAACCCAGCCGAUUUUGCAUUCCGUCUUGCGUUUGGUCACAUUGUCGAAUUUGAAGAUACCAACCAAAACGGCUUUUACGAUGAUGGCGAGAGAUUGCUUGCAGUAACGUCUCUUGCCAAUGCACCAUGGCAACCCUUAUCAGUACAAAAUCAAAGCAUGCCUGCCAACAAUAGUCAAACGUAUUACGAGAUCACAACCGUUGCACGUAACAUGUCACGCGGUGGAGCACAAGGUGGUGGUGGAUCACCCUUCGAUGUUUAUUUAACAUGGCGUUCAAGCAAUCUUCAAAUCAAUAUGACCGAAGGUGUGCCGAUUCAACCCAAUUCGUUGCAAUACAACUUGUCGUUGGCUGGAUAUCCUAUCAACACUGAUAAUGGUAAUGCACGCUUGGCUAUUGGUCAAUGGCUUAUUACAUCCCAAGAUACACCCGUGGUAUUCGAUGUGAAUACUACAACACCUAUUGAUGUUGCUCGUCAAAUCAAGACCAAUGAGACUUAUGGUGCAUCCAUUGGUGCUUAUUCGGAUGCAAGACUCGAGUAUGAGCCAACAGUCAAUAUUACACCCGUUGCCAAUCCACCUAGCAACAUCUCUUUGGAUUCAGAUGGCAAUACAGCAACCUGGAUUUGGGGUGAUUCGCCACAACGCACUAACAAUUUGCUGCUUGUUUCAUUGCCAUGGGAUAAUGCUACCACCUCUCCUCGAUUAUCCGGAUUUGGUUUCUUGGAUGUCAAUGUCAUGAGCUCUUACGCAUCUUCAGCAUCACCUUCGCCCGUGUCAUCUACAUCAUCCGCCAAGUUGAUGUCACGUGUAUGGCUUACCAUUGGCAUUGCUACAUUUGCUUGCCUGUACUUGCAUUAA